CUGUCCCAGAGUUUCAUGCUCUGGUGGGCAACGGGGCCGCAGAGGAGCUCAGGUGCAGCGUGGGAAAUGUGGUCCACACGGGCCAGGUGCUGAAGAAGUGCUUCACCAGGAUGAUGAACUGCGAGAAGAAGGUGUUCGUGGAUCAGCUCAACAUGCUGGUCAAGAGAGUCACUGAAGACGGUGCAGCAGGGAAGGACACGUCGAGCAGCAUCGGAGACCUGCUGCUGCGGCUCCACUCUCAGUACCCCGGAGACAUCGGGUGCUUCUCCAUCUACUUCCUGAACCACAUGCUGCUGGAGCCGGGACAGGCCAUGUUCCUGGGGGCCAACGAGCCUCACGCCUACCUCUACGGAGACUGUGUGGAGUGCAUGGCCUGCUCAGACAACACGGUGAGGGCCGGUCUGACUCCCAAAUACAUCGACGUGAACACGCUGUGUGAGAUGCUGAACUACACCCCCGCCCCGGCCAGCUCCAAGAUCUUCCCCUGUGUCCAGGACGCCUCCGACCCCUGCGUCUCCCUGUACGACCCUCCCGUGCCAGACUUCUCUGUCAUGAGGAUACAGGUCCCCCCCUCGGUGAAGCAGUACACCGUUGCCCCCGUCGACAGCGCCAGCAUCCUCCUGGUCAUCGAAGGUGACGCCAUGGCGACCUCUGUCGCUGCCCUCUCUGACAUCACACUGAGCCGGGGCACCGUCCUGUUCGUCUCGGCCAAUGAGAGCGUCUCCCUGCACGUCACAUGCCCCUCAGGGAUGACCAUGUUCCGGGCCUGCUGCCUCCUGUAGCUGCCAGUCCGAAGCAGUGUGUGUGUGUGUGUGUGUGUGUGUGUGUGUGUGUGUGUGUGUGUGUGUGUGUGUGUGUGUGUGUGUGUGUGUGUGUGUGUGUGUGUGUGUGUGUGUGUGUGUGUGUGUGUGAAGAUCUACGCUGCGAUCAGGAUUGAGCCCAAUGAUCCCCCUGCACCUCACAGUAGGUAGUACAUUAAAGCAGCUUUCAGACACAGAGACCCCCUCCCACCUAAAACCAACCUGCAGUGUUCUUUAGCUUUAAAGUCCACAGCUGAUUUGAAUUGUCUUUUUUACCUGGAGCGGUGCAAUUUACAUCUUAUAGAAAAAAAACAUAGGAUGUUCUCUUCUAAAUUCACAGUAUAAAGGUCUAUGUGGUGUGGUAGCUGUUCUGGAGCGUAAAGGGACUUCAAUAGUCAGAAGAAAUGAAAAUGUGCAAUUCAACGACAACUAGGCCAACACUUUCUGAUCAUGAAAAUCAUACAGAAUCGUCUAGAACAGCAAAUAAACAUUUGGGCCAAAACAAAACUUCACAACUGAUCAAGCUCCAUCCACUGAUGGUAGUGUGAGUCCAAAUAGCUAUGAAAUAAUCCUAGAAAUAUUGUCAAUGCUUAAUUUAAAACUGGUCCUUCUUCAGUGUUUAUGACAUACUUCCUUUUUAGUCAUAAAACACUUACAGCUGCACGUUUUUAUCCUAUUAUAAUACUUUCUAACAGAACUGAAGCAGGGUGGAGGACAUGUUUACAGAGGUGCAGAACACCACCAUCACUCACUGCUUUGUACACCUGCAGAACCACCUGAGGACUGAGCAUGUCUGAUAUAUGAACCAGCAGUCUUUCUCAGUUAGUAAAUAUCCAGACCUGGUUAAAAUACAUAGAUAGAAAAGUUAAGGGUAUAUAGUGCAACACUGAGAUGCCUGUGCAUGUUUGAUUUUGAGCAGUAAGACCGGAGAGGGGCCUUCAAUCUCAACCGGGGAUACAUUUAGUUAGCUUUACCAACAUCUCCUUUAAGAUCGUCCAUACAGCUCAAAACAUUUUUUAGCUGUAUGGACGAUGAUUAAGGCCACAUGUUAAAUCUAAAGUUUUUUAGAUCUGGCCAAAAGUGAGAGUGAGACUGAAGUCAAAAUUCUGAGAAGAAAAUCUAAUUUAUUUUAAGAGAAAUUCUGAGAUUUAAGUCAGAAUUUGAGCAAAACCAUUCUGACUUUUUUCUCAGAAUUAGAAAAAGAUGUGACCCUUAUGUUCUUCUGUACAGCUGUUGGGUUUCUCAGUCUUUGUCAGGAGGGAGAAUAACUUAAUGAAGUUAAAGUUAACAAGGGCAAACCAGGACUUGUGAGAAGGAAACGAGAGGAUAUUUUGGCUGAACUAGAUUGACUGAAAUAUCAGUUUGAGCUUUUCAUUGAUAAGAACCUUAGAAAGUUCGGACUAAAAUGUGCCUGGCUAAAUAUGAUAGUAAACUAAAAAGGACAUUUGACACAGGAUUUAGUAGCUUACAAAUGUAAUCUUGAGUGUCAGUGAAGUUUACCCUGGAAAGUAUUACUGCUUUAAACUGUUACCAGUGCAUGUUUACGGUGUGGAAACUUAUUUUCAAAGUAUAAAACAAUCAUAAAGUUAAAAACUACAGUAACAAAGAGGGCCGUUAACCAUCACCGUCCCAUUAACUACAUCUUAUAGUUACUCAUGAGUGAAAAUGCACGACUGCUGCCCGAUGCUUACAUGUACAAUUUGACUGAAGCCCGUUAACACAAAUCUUGUACCACAAAAUGCUGCAUUCAGUUUUAUAGGAAUAUCGUAACAAACACGUCUGUAUUUCUGAGUGUGUGAAGCUGGAUUUUCUACAGACGUUGCAUGUUUUGUUGUUUGUACUGAUUCAUUAUUACUCGAUAAUAAGUGAAAUUGACCCUUGAACAAUACCGUAUUGUAAGGUUGUACCUGUGUGUUAUGUGGUGAUCCAACAUGUUGGUAGAAUAUUGUAAGUAGGUUAUUUCAGUAUGGUGCAAAUUUCCACAUAAUAUUCCAGUUUGUAUCAGGGUCAAUCUGAAUUAAGUCAAUCAAUGAAGUGGAUUCUUCUUGAAUGAAUUAUUUGAGUGAAUGCUGUAACUGCCUGCCAGUGAGUAAAUAUCUCUCUUGUGGUUUGAAUGAAUGACAGUGAAUUGAUCCAAUGCUGGUUAAUGCUUUUACCUAUGACCAUGUAAGUGAUGUGGGUUGAUUUCUAAGCUUGUCCCUGAUGUAUGUGCACUAAACCUUUUAUUUGUCUGUUGUUGAAAUUGUGGGAAAAAGGAAGAAUAUUUGGGAGGUUUUAAGUUAAAAUCAUGGUCUUCUUAAUUAAGGAACCCUUCCUUAACUUCCUCUUCCUGUAGCUCUAAACUUUAAGACGUUUUUUUGUUAACAAACCAACUUUUUUUCCAUCUUUUCAAAACAUAUUUUUAUUUAGUAAUCGUGUAGAGAUCACUGAUUUAAAUACGAAUUGAGUUUUAACUUUUAUUUUAGAUUCUCACAUCGUUGUUAAUGAUCUUGUUUUGAGUCACCUUGUCGUUUUAAAAACUGUAUGUCCACACGUUUGUUUUGUCCACUUUGACCUCCUGUCCUUAAAAUGCACACGACGCUGAAGUGGUUUAAUUAUAGUUUUGGAAUAUUUCUCUAGUAACGGCAUGGUUUAGGGUUUUUAAAUAUGGUUAUGCCUGGGACUGCAGAUAACAUGUGUGUGUAGAAGUGGUUUAAUAAAGCCUUGUUCCAUUACUACAA